GGAAGUUUAGAGAAAGGAGAGGAGAGCGAGGAGAUGAGAGGGUGAGAGCACUCUUAAAGGUGAGAAUUUUCUGUAUAAUGAGGACAUGGAGGGAGCGAACGCAUUGAAGGAAAAGAAAACAUUUACUGAAAAGGAAGAAGUGAGAAAAAAGACAGAGUGAAGAGGAAGUACGCAGAAAAAGAACGAGGAAGGAAAAUAAUGAGAGGGGGGGACAGGGAGGAAGGGAGGGAGAGAGGGAGAGAAAGAAAGAAUAGGAGAAAUAGUGGGAGGGAGGGAGGGAGAAAGGGAGAGGACAGUACAGCUCUCACCUCAGUCUGCGUCCUGCUGGCAUCUGAUACACACAGCCGCGCGUGGCUCCCGCCCUCCGUGUCGCUCGCCUCACCUUUCCAUUCUAGUGUGGGUGUGACAAGGAGUGACAAACUGAAACGUAAGACACAGUGAAGGAAAGAAAAGUCUCAUGCGGAGUGGAAGUGCUUUGUGUCGGGGGUCUGCGCUCAUUCGUUAGUAUCACCUGUCAGAACAAGGCAGAAGAGCGUGUGUCGAGUGAAUGUAACGUGUUGGUCCCUGGCGGGCAGUGUGUGCGGCAGUGUGGGCGUGAGAACAGGUGCACAAGAUAUGGUGUAGCGCAGGACAUGGCCAGGCGACCAUGAGUGACCAUGGCUGCGGUGGGGGAAUGGGGGGCGGCGACUCCUCCUCCACUGAACGCUCCUCCCAUACCUCCUCCACCACACUCCUCACCGACCCGAGCAGGCAGGCGUCGGGCAAGGGCAACGAGGGCUCUACCUGGAGGACUACCCCGAUCUUGGAGGCCCUGGCGCGCCCUACCCAGAUCGCCAGCCCUUCGCUUGCCGCCCGGAGACUCACGCGAUGGAAAAGGAUUGCCUCGGACGAUAUGGAGAAGUGCAUGGAGGAGCAGGAGGAGGCAACAUCACCGCAGGAGUCACGGCAGAACACUGUGGAGGAUGGGGGAGAGGCGGACACUGAGGAGACGCCCGGAGACAGUGUGGACAGUGGGCCAGCGGCGGCGGACAAGGAGAAAGGCUCUGGUGUCCCUCCGCUGUCUGACUCCGAAGACGAUUCGACCCGGGUGUUGAUGCCGACCAAGGAGCCAUACAGGUGAGCCGCCACACACACACACACACACACACACACACACACACACACACACAAGACCUGACGCGCAUGUGCAUCUCAAUUUCCAUGUUCCCACGCUCAGGCUUGCAUCAGCACACACACACACACACACACACACACACACACACACACACACACACACACACACACACACACACAAGGCACGCCUUUCCCCUUAGUCCCCUCGCUCCUUCACUUUGCAUUCCAAUUGCUCUGUAACCUGUUCCCUGCCACACCUUCCUUCCUCUCUCCCUUUAUGUCUCUUUAUCACGCCCACCUGUCGCCAGCCCUCCAAUCCCUCCCUUAACGCCGCCUCUUCGAAACCAUACAAUAUCCUGGAGUAAUUAAUUAUGUUCAGGUCAUGUGUAUUUGAUGAGGUUCCUGGGUACGGCUAUUCCUGCGUGAGAGUCCUACGUGGCUUUCACUUUAUUUCUCUGCUUUGGUUCCUGAAA